AGCUUUCAGAGACACUACACCAAGGGAAGGGAAAAGAACCAGAGUGGCUGCUAAAUCUUCGUCAACUGUACGCAGAUAAAGUGUUUAUGCUGAUGACCCCAGAAGGUAGCCUAAUGUAUAGUGUGGUGUUCAAUCUCCAGCAUCCACGUGAGGAACGCCAUGAUACACAAUGGGCGGUGUUUAAGUCCCAGUACUCUACUGGAGAGCUGCUGGGUGAAGGAGGCUACGGGAGUGUCCGUGCAGGAGUCCGUAAGGCAGACGGUAAACAGGUUGCCAUUAAACAUGUGGGCAAGACGAUGAAUGACGUUUUCAUCACCAUUCCUGGAGAGACACACAGCCUUCCUCGAGAGGUUGCACUGAUGAAAAUGGUGUCCAAGCCAUCACGGUGUGAGAACGUGUUGGAGCUGUACGAGUGGUUCGACAUGUCAGACAGCUACAUCUUGGUCUUGGAGCGACCCAGCCCCUGCAAAGACCUCCAUGAUUUCCAGAAUGAUCACAAAGGUCGACUGUCAGAACCUCUGGCGAAACAAAUCAUGCGUCAGUUGGUUCAGGCUGCUCGCCAUUGCAAUGACCAUGGUGUCCUGCACCGUGACAUCAAGGCAGAGAAUAUUCUCAUAAACACAGAAACGCUGGAGCUAAAGCUGAUAGACUUUGGCUGUGGGUAUUUGCUGCAGGACACCCCCUACAAAUGUUAUGCAGGAACUUGGGCGUACUGCCCACCUGAGUGGUUAUGUGAGGGACUAUAUUUGGGUGUUCCUGCUACCAUCUGGAGCCUGGGAGUUGUUCUGUUUGACAUGGUGUGUGGACACCUGCCCUUCGGUUGUGAGGAUGACAUCAUUGAUCGGAACAUGCGAAUCGCUCCCGGCUUGUCUCAAGGUUGCCGUGAUCUGAUCUUGUGGUGUCUACACCGACAUCCUUACGUUCGUCCCACGUUCGAGGAAAUCCUCAGCCACGAAUGGUUUGAGGAACUUCAGAAGGAAGUCAAGGACCAGCAUCCUCUUCUGGAGAGCCAAAUUACACCAUGGGAGGUGUUUGAGUCACUGUACACUCCUGGAGAUAUGUUGGGUGAAGGAGGCUACGGGACAGUCUGUGCAGGAUAUCGUAAUGCGGAUGGCAAGCAGGUUGCAAUUAAAUACGUGAGAAAAAGUCCGGACGAUGACUUCAUCACCAUUUUUGGAGAGACACGCAGCCUUGAUUGGUUUGAGAUGUCCAACUGCUACAUCUCGGUCCUGGAGCGACCGCGUCCCUGCAUGGACGUCCAGAAAUAACAUCAGCGUUACUAAUGAUUCCACAGUAGCGCCAAAACAUCUCUCACUGACAAAGUCAAUUAAUGUUUUUGUACAGACAGU